CGGUUUUCGAUCGUCGAUGUUUUGUGAUAAAAUUAAUUUUAUGAAACUUUUAUGAAAACAGUGUAUAUUUCCAAUUAUGUCAAUUUUUAAUGAGCUUCUAUUACCAAAAGUCCUUGAAAUACAAAAGACAUAUGAGACUAAAUUUCAUGACGAGCUUAAGGCGGCACUCGAAAGUUUUGAUAAGUUUGAAGAGGAGUUUCAAAAAGGGAGGGCGACAAUUCGUGAAAGGACGCUAAAAGACAAAAAUGCCCUGACAACUCUUCAGAGUAUUACUGAGGAUGAAGAUGAUAAACCUAAAGCUACUGAUAAGCCUAAAACUAGUGACGAAAAUAGCUCCACGGAGAGUGGGAAAGAGAAUAGAGGAUCUAAAAAACGGAGUAAAAAUGAAGUGGAUGAUAUGUUAAGUCCUGAACAAGAUAAACGGAUUAAAAGGAAUGCAUCUGUUAAAGCGCAGAGUAUUAUAAGUAAACAAAAUAAUGAGGAAAGUGUCAUUAUUGUUUCUUCCCAGGUAAAUGUUAACUUAAAUCAAAAAUUACGCCGUGAGAAUUCUACUGAAAAAAAGAGUCGUCGUCCUAAAGAUGAUGAAAAAGAGAAUGAUGAACCAAUACCUGCUGUGCAGAUUAAACAAGAGAAGAUAUCCAUCCCACCUGAGCCAGAGCCAAUGGAGAUGGAAGCAUUGCCAGAGAACAUUCCAAUCAAACAGGAGCCAAGUCAUGAUGACCUUGCCAUGCCGCCACCUGCUAUUCCCAUCCCAAAGUCACGCAAAGGAGCGCAAAAGAAGCAGUCUGAAGAGGACGAAGGGGAAACUAAAAGACGUAGCGCUCGCUCAAAGAAACAGACGGAUGAACCUAUACGUGCUUCAACGCGUUCAACCCGAGCGAGUUCGAGAGCCACGAAGAAAGGUGAAGAAAUGGAUGCGCCCCCCGCUGAAAUACGGCCUAAGAGGACUAGAGCUAAAAAAGUGAAAACCGAAGUAUCUGAGGACGAAAAGGAAAGCCAAAAUAUAGAAGACAGUUCCGUAGCAUCACCAGCAGAUAAACGUCCAAAGAGAACGAAACGCGGACGAAAAGCAUCAGACAAGCAAGAACCACCUCAAGUGAUUGAUCAUGCACCAGAAAUAAUUUCCCCCGAAGAAAAAAGAGUAUCAAUUCCAGACACUACAACAGAUUCACCUAUCUUACAAAAAUCUAUAACAAACAAAAAACAUGAACAAUUCAAAAGUACUAAUAUGGAUAAACCGAAAAAUGGAAUUAUCAAACCGAAUGGUCUUGUUGUAGAAAAUGGAAUCAGUACAGGAUUUGAUGGAUUGGAAAUAUGUGAUGGAAUCAAUGAAACAUAUGUAACUUCGAGCAAAACAUUGGAUGAAACAAGGGUUCUUGAUACAUUUAACUCGACAGUUACUUUAUCUAAAGAUUGUGAUAAAGAUGUUGUUUUGCCAAAUCAAGAUAGUCAUGCAGAAACUUUCAAAGCUAAGAUGAACGAAACGGUAGUAAUUGAAGAAGACAACACAAACAAACAAGUUAUGGACGCCACCGUCGUCUUGGAUAAAGAUCCGAAGCCUACACAUACUACAAAUGUAACCGACGACAAUUCAUUGAUGACUGACGACGAUUCUAUAGAAGAGAGGACUCCGCCCCACAAGCCGACCCCACAGCCCACGUCGGCCGUUAAAGAAAAAGUGCAACAAUUUGAAGAAAUGGCAUCUCGCGUUACUAGGACGAAGACACGGGCGUUGGCCAAGAAGGAGGAGUCCACAGAGAAUCAAACCCCGCCUGAUAGUAAAAUACCUUCUGCUGUUGCUUCUGAUACUCUCACCAAAAUGAACAAUUUGAUAUUCAAGUCAAAGGUGCCACAGUUGAGCCACUCUGCCUCGAAACAGACGGCAAAUAGUUCUCUUUUAAAAUCUCAAAUCCCUACGUCCACAUCCAAAUUAAGCGGAAUUAAUAGAGCACGGGAAGCCGCAGAAGAACAAAAGAGGGAGAAAGAAGAUGCCAGAAGGAAAAAGGAAGCACUUUUGGAGGCCAAGAGGGAGAUGCAUAAGAGAAAAAGGGAAGAAAAGAUGGCGGCCGCGGCUGCAGCUCGUGAGGCAUCGGAAAGAGAAAGAAGAGCUGCGUUGGCUGCAGCAGCUAAGGAGAAGCAGGAGAAGCAGUUGCAUGCUGACGUGAGCAAACAAGAGAGGCUGAAGGAGAUUGAAAAGAGAAAGCUAGAAUAUGCGCGUAAAGUAGCAGAGACAGAAGAGAGGCGGCGCGCAGAAGAGAUUGCGAGACAAAAGAAGCUUGAAGAAGAACAGAAAAGGGCAGACGAGAGAAGGAAACAAUUAGAGGAAGCCGAUUUAGAUAAAAGAGAAGCUGUGCUUAUGAAACGCGAAAUGGACAGAAAGAACAAAGAGUAUCAGGAAAGGUUAAAAAUGAAACAGAAAUUGGAAAAUGAAAAAAUGCCAUCACCGCAGAAGUAUCGACCAGAGCCAGUAUAUAUGGAAGGCGGGUUCCAGUACCUCAACUCUGAUGAGGAAGCUGAACCUGUACGCAGACCAGAUCCUGACUGGUCUACAUCUAAGAAUCGUCACCGCCAAGCGUGCAUUCAAGACCAUUUGCAGACAUCAGACAUAGACAAGCUAUUCUCAGUCCGUGAACAGACAGCAGAUCUUAGAGAAAUAUUCCCGACCAUAGAACGUUCCAGACUUAAGAGGACAUCUUCGGCAGUUUGGAGGACACCACCAAGACUACCUGCCGUAACCGAAUGAAGAUUUCAGUCUGGUGUCUGAUGGAGAAAGUCGCAGGCGGCGAAUGUAUAUAGCUAUUAAUUUACACUAAUGUGUCCUUUAUAAUAUGUAAUGAAUUUGAGUGCAUAUUUAAUAGCUUAAAUGCAGAUUUUUAUUAGUUUUUUAAUUCUUGAUACAAACUUUAGAUAAUUUGAAGACAUUUUUGAAUCACACCACCGAAAAAAACUUUGUAAUGGUUAAACAUUACGAAAUUACAAUUGUUUUCAAAUUCAAUUAAGUAUUUUAAUAUUCAAGUUAGGCUAAUUAUCACUUAUACUCGUUUUUAAGAUUUUUUUAGUUCAUUUUAUUGGUCUCAUACACAACAGGUGAACGACAUUGACUAAUAAUCAUAGCUUUCAUGACCUGCUUCAGUAUUCUGUAAGUUCCAAUAGCGAAAGCGGUUCCGACCGCGUCGUUGUUACCAAUUUCGAUACUAAUAUCCAUAGGGCUUGAUUGAGCGAUACAAAAACUGAAUAUUUAAUUCGCGAUCGCUAUCGCUAUCGCUAUUGAAAGUUAACCUAUAAAUUAUGAAGUCUUAAACACCAAAUAAUAAACUCUUGCAUUCGUAACAUUUAAUGUUAUUAAAUUUUAGAUUAAUUUUAUUUUUGCCGGUUAUGUUCAAGUUUAAAGCAAGACGUCACACACGCCAUUUUGUAUUGUAUUUGUAUGGAAUAAAAAUUAUGUAAUUCUUAUCUCUUCUAGCAAUAAUAGUUUAUAAUUUAUUUUAUAUGUUUAAAAUAGUUCGAGAUUUUUUUUAUUGACAAAAUAAAAAAAAAUGUUGUGUGGACAUGUUCAUUUGUUUAAAAUAAUUUUUAAAUUAAGACUGCUUAUGUAAUAUCAUGAUUGAUUGUUAGAAUAAAUAGUUAUUGUGA